ACUAAAGCCUUUGAAGCUACUGAAACAUUCUUGCAGCUUGUCCGCAUUGUGCACAUUGAAAACUGAUAAAAGAAAAAAUCAUCACUUACCAGCAGCUCGAGGACGGAGAGAGAACGUUUUCUCCCUGUCGCAACGUAGGGCUUCUCGGCUGGGCUGUGAGCUCUCUCAAGACCAAGGUUCCCGACCUACCGAGCCAAACAUCAGGCACUCUUUCAAUCGUGUCCUCGGAACCUAUCGCCGCCACUGCUGCCGCUGCUCCAUCCGUGGAGCAUCACCACGCCCCUUGAGCGACGUACGAGAUGGAUGGGACGACAUGGAAGACUCGGCAGCUGCCACAGCAACUCCAUCACUGUCGAGAAUACAAGCCGCGCAACAGCGUCCCAUUGCAUCGGCACCUCGUCCGUCCCAUACGAAUACAAACGGCCCCGAGCAAACAACCACUGGAGCAACCGUUUCUAGACAAGCAAGCAAGACGCAAGUGAGCGAUGAUGAGGAUCCGUGGGCCGAGAUCGCUGCGCCACCUCCAUCGACGAAACCACGGGCAGUUGUUUCAACUCAGUCGAGAGUAAGGCAGGGACAGCACGUAUCUUUGGGGGCCAUGGGCUUGGGCGGUGCUGGACGAGGCAGCAGCGCCCAUGAAGCUUGGUGCUCAACGCGUGGCCGCUGCCUGGCGGGCCUUUGACGCCAUGCUGGUGGCAUGGUGGUGGCGGCAUAUUCGCACACUGGAGAUGAGAGCACAUUUGUCUCGGCCGUCGAUGCGUGUACGGCAGUCGCGGAUCGGGCGGUGGGCUCUUGGUCAUCGUGGAUAGCGGGUACAAACUCCACGCUCAACGCACUGGUGACCAUGUACGGCAAGGGUGGAGAUGUCGUACGGCGAGGGUGAUGUUUGAUGGCUUGCGCGACACAAGAGAUCAACCAUGCAAUGGAAAUGCUCGCCAUUGGGAUCCAAUCCACAGUCUUGCAUUGCGAGAAACAAUUCCCUCGACUCCUCGAAGAACCC